AUGAGUAGCAACGUAGCAAAGAUCUCACCGAACGCUCAUCUUAGCAUUCCGGAUCCUGAAUGGACCGAAUUCUAUGCAGAAAAUGCAAACAAGGUACCACAGCUCGUUGGUUCCCCCCAACAUCUCCGCGACAUGAUGGAGAGGUUGAAAGUCGAGGCCACGGGCAUGAUCCCUCAAAUUACCGGGCUCAGCUCGGAAGACAUCAGGAUCAAGACAUCAGAUGGAGCUUCAAUACUUUUGCGGGUUUACACCCCGGCAGCUAAGAAGGGUCUCAGUCCUGGAUUGGUAUAUAUCCAUGGAGGCGGGUGGACGUUAGGAGACCUUGAAGGAGAGGAUAUUGCCUGUAGGGCUAUGUGUGUAAACGGUGGUGUUGUAGUAGUCAGUGUUGACUAUCGUUUGGCUCCAGAGAAUCCAUUUCCAACGGGCCUUGAUGAUUGCUGGGACGCAUUACUUUGGACGCGAAGUCAGAGUCGUUCUCUUGGAAUCGACCAGGACUGCAUUUUGAUCGGUGGGUCUAGCUCGGGGGGCAACGUCACCGCCGUCUUGGCUCAUAGAGCUCGAAAUCUCGGCAUACCUCUCAAGGGCCAAAUCCUGAGAAUCCCUGCGACAUGCCACAUUGAUUGUUACCCCCCUGAGCUCAACUUGCGAAGCCUAGAGGACUUGAAGGAUGCACCGCUGUUGUCAAAGCGGUCAAUGGAGCUAUUCUACAGCUACUAUAACCCCUCUGACCCGUCCAAUCCUGACGUAUCUCCAUUACUAAACACCAAUUUCCACGGUCUCGCUCCAGCGUAUUUUCAAGUUGCGGGAUUGGAUCCCUUGAGAGAUGAAGGUCUAGCGUAUGCCAACAAACUAAAAGAAGCCGGGGUUCCAACGAAGGUCGAUGUUUACCCGGGCGUUCCCCAUGCUUUCUACUAUUUCCCGAGCCUAACAGCAGCAGCCAAAAGUUCGACUGAUUUACUAGAGGCGAUUGGUCUACUUACGAAGGGUGAAUUGAAAUAG